AUAUAUAAAUCAAAAAAGAAGACAUAUAUAUGCCUAUGUGUGUACACAUAAAAUAUAAUGAAUGGGAAACAUUGGGGUAGGACCCCUAAUAUUUCACCUAAAAAACAAAGCUCACAACAGUGACAAGAAGAGAAUCAAUCUGUUUUUAUUUUGAUUUAAAAAAUUGCAUCACCUUCGUAGAAAUUCCACAAGCUAUAUCAUGGAAAAAAAUCAAGAAACAAUUAAAACAAAUCUAGAUAUUGGAAACCAUUUCAUAUUUCAUAUUAAUUGGUUACGUGUAGUUUGUGCAUAUAAACAAGUAACUUCUUCCAAUUUUCUAUUUUCCUUUCUUAAUAUUUCCUCCCUAAAAAUUAUAAUUCCUCAACACACUUGCCCCCAUAAAUACUCUUCAAAACCCCUCACGUACGUCUCCAAUUGUUUCUCUUUCUCUCUCUGGAUAAAGUUUCAGACAAGAAUAUGUCUCGAAGAACAUCCAAAAGAGUAAGUUUUAGUCCGGACCCAGAAGCAAACGACGAACUGGUCUUCCCAACACACACCGGUCUCAGCUCAUCAUCACGGCAUGGUCGGAGGAGGGUCGUUGUUGGAAUUUUCAGUUUCAGCGUCAGUGACCCGCCGGCAGCGAGGAGAUUACUCCGGCGUAUUGGAGCCAGAGUUAGCAAAACGUUUCGUUAUAUAUCAUUGGGGAGGAAGAGUAAUAACACCAAAACGACGCCGUCAUCUUCGAGAAACCUUUCCUCGUCUUCGUCUCUGUCUUGUUCAUCCUCUUACUCUUCCUCGUCUAUUUAUUUGAUGAAGUCAAAGUCUCUAAACGAAUCAGAGUCUCACCGUGCAGAAGCCAUUGAGGACUGCAUCGAGUUCUUAAACUCUUGUUCUUCUUUGUCGAGAUCAAACUCGAUCUCGACCUGGUCUUGCUAAACGAUUUUUAUUUUGUUUGUAAUGUAAAAAGAGUUGAAAAAAUUGAGAAUUGCAUAGGUGAUCUGAUCAGUUGAUUACAGUUUUAUGUUGUCGAUUCAAUUAUUCAUUUAGCAAGUGACUACUAAAAGUUAUAUAAUUCCUCACCCUUUUUCUUGUUUAAGUUUCGUUACAAACUAUAACCCAAUGUUUUCUAAUUGUUGCAAAACUAUACUCGACAAAAGAAAUUAAUCAA